AUGGUUGAGGAGAGCAUGGCCGACUAUGCACAUAUGCGUAGGUGCGAUAUUUCGGCUCUUUACUUCUACUAUGCGCACUCGCUCUUUGUCAAGCUUAGCGUCCUGGUCUUCUACCGUCGGGUCUUUGGAGUCAGUCGCCUGAACAAGUUCUGGAUCUACGUGAUUGGAGGCGCUCAAACGGCGCUGUUCGUAGGGUUUUGCAUCUUCCAGGGCUUUCAAUGCAUACCACUCGCCAAAUACUUCAAUAUAACCGUUCCGGGCCAUUGCACGGACGAGUGGUUGAUAGUACUCACCUUUGAGUGUCCUAACUCAUUGCUCGAUUACGCUGUGGUGAUUCUGGCUAUUUUUAUUAUCCAGCCUCUCCAUUUAUCGCCAACCGUGAAAUGGAAGCUCAGAUUCCUCUUCGGUCUGGGGUUCCUUACUGGGACAUUAGGGUUUAUCAAAAUAGCCAUCACUUACUCUAAGAGCAAGCUAUACCCCUUAAACAUGGUCUCCUUAUGGACCAGCGUGCAGAUGUUCGUCUCCCUGCUCUGCUGCUGCCUGCCCAUGUAUAACGUCUUUCUCCCGGGCCUCGUCGCAUUCUGGAGUAGACUCAGCUCACGAAUGGUGAGCUACGCCACCUUUGGACGAGUAUCCCGGUUUAAUUCAGGAUCAAAAUCGUCCACAGACUCGAGUAGGCGCAGCGGAUACGGCAAUCAGGGUCAGGACUGGGUGCAUCUGGGCGACGACAAUAGCAGCAAGGGUUUUGCUUGGGCUGAGGCUGCGCCCUUUGCGGAGGCACAUGCCCUAGGCGAGCUUGCUCCUCAUGGCCGUGCAAAUCCGGAAGCAUCGGGUAUACAUGUGCAUCGGCAGUUUGAUGUGGCUUAG